UAGUAGUUCAAAUGCUACGCAAAGCUCGUCUGCCAGGUCUAAUGCUACCAGGGCUCCCACAUUUGACCAUGUGAAAGCCAAAUUUGCCGCCUUUUUCACUCAGCAACGAGAUGAAGAAUUGGAACCGGAAUUCCUUAAAUUCCUAAGAGAAUACACAGUAAAUGGCAAGCAGUUUUAUAAGACAGCCGUCAUGGCUAUGAAGGAGCUGGAUUCUCAACAGAUGAUUGUUCGAUUUGCACAUGUGUUAUCUUCUAAUGGUCCACUUGCGACAUUGUUAUGCAACUGUUUUGAUAGGAUUCAAAGUAAUCUUAAUAACGCUGCACGCAUUUUUAUUGAGGAUCUGAAGGCGGACCUGAAUUGUUCCUGUGAAAAUCCAGUUGUGAUCAUUUAUGAUCUUCUAGAGCCAAACAGUUGGAUGGCAUUGGAAUCCUUUUUUGCUCUAGAGGGUAACCAUCCAUAUGACCCCAUUGACAUUUUCUGUGGUGGCAUCCAUUUGAUGAUACCUGAGAGCACCCUAAUUGGGCGGAUUGUAUUAGCAAAUUUAUUCAGUACGAUGUCUGAUGCUUUCUGUGAUGGUAGAAGUUGGAAUGGAGAAUGGGGUCUUCCUGAUGUCUUAGUCAAUCGCAAACUGGAAGUUGAAAUUGCCCGUCCAUACUGUGAGAGAACAACAAUCAACACAAUUCAGAAUGAUCUGACUAGGGGCGCCACUAAUGUAAUAUCUAAAUAUGUGUUUGAUGGUAAACUGCCAGUAUUUUUUAUGCAUCUGGAUUCCUCACUCAGAGUAUUCUCUUCCAAAUAUAGCAUGACAAAGCUGCGAGAAUUCUGCAACUUCAUUGCAUCUCAUCCGGCAUUGAAAUCAGCAUUGGCAAAUCUGGCACUCAUUGAUGGGAUUUAUUCAGUAAAUCAAUCCGUGAGUUGGAGGGCCAAAAAAUUGCUGGAAUCUGUCAUUAAUGUUCCCAAUCCUUUUUCUGACUGGCGCAAAAUAUUUAUGGAUGAGCGCUACCUAGUUGAUAACAGUGUUGUUCCUCCAGUGCUUACUUCUGUUUGGGAACAUGCAAAGAAGAAGAUGCAAGAUAUCAGUGAAAAUAAUCCCAGUGAAGUAGCUGCAGGAAUCCACAAAGACAAUGAACCUUGUUUUGGAGAGAACAUUGCUGGUGAAGGUAACCCUGAAGACAAAAGUAUGUUGCCCUUUGAUGGAACCGCUGGAGAUGGAUUGAAAAUCCAGCGCCAUUCGAGGUAUCAUGGUACAAAAGCCUCCAUGGAUGAAUGGGGCAACCAGCAGUUGGGAAGCUUGUCUGAACUUCUGUUGAUUAAUUCUCAUUUUCUUGGCGAUGUACUUCCUGUGAUAAUGGAAAGGAUUUCACUUUCCUUGGAUGAUUUCCACGAAGAGUAUGACGAUGAGACCUAUGAUGAGCUGCUACGAUGGUUGAAUGAACAACUGGAGUUUUACAACCGCCAGAGUUAAUUAACUCUGGCCAUGCAUCUUCAUUUUAAUGGUGCAUGAGAGGGAAGGAUGUAUAUGCUGAGAUCCGAUUACCUUCGUGUUGGAUUGGGAGGAUGAAGGCUUGUCUCCUCGUGUGUUUAGGAUGUGAAUGUUCAGUGAUAAUCGAAGCAACUAAGAAAAGGAAGCUCCAGUUUCUUCACACUGCUGCCACAGCAGUUGUCCCAUCCUGCAGUAAACAGCAGAUCCUGCAAGGGUGCCAAUAAGAGGGUGCGUGCAGAGAGGAGAUGGAAGCAAGCAAGUACAGAUCGAGAGGCCACACAAUGGGCAACAACACCACCACCAAGAAGUUGCCCCCGUACCUGCUGCUCGUGCUGCUGGCGAUCGGCGCCGCAGCGGUGAGCGUCGGCAUCCUGCACAAGAUGAGGGAGCGCCGCGUCCUCGCCGUCCUCCUCCAGGAACGCGACCAGCAGCUCGUGUCCUUCCAAGUCCUCCUCGAGAAAGAAAAGGAAAUUAAUAAAGAGAUGAGAAAGAAAGUGGACGAACUGGAAGCCAAAACAUCUGUCCUAAGUAUUGAGAGGACAGAACUGAAAAACAAGCUCAUGGAUUCAGAAACUACCACCACAUAUCUUACCAACACCCAGAAAGAAUUAGAAGCAGCUCUUGUGGAGAAAGAGAGCCAUAUCAACCAAAUGAAAGAGAAUGCAGCUGCUUCCAACCCUGAUCAGACACCAACUAUAAAGGAACUCCUGCAGCAAAAAGAAGCUGAGCUUGACAAAUCUGAAAAUUCCAGUGAUUCCAUACCUGCUACAGCAGAUAAGAAUUUCAACAGCACUACUGCAUCAGAGAGCAGCCACCAGGAUGAAAGCACUGUUGUGGGAGCAAAUAAUGAAAAUGCAACUUCAGACACAACGACACUUGACAAACCAGAAAACUCUGGUGACCCCAUGCCUACUUCAGCAGAAGAAGAAAAUUCCAGUAUCACUAAUGCAUCAGAGAACAGCAAGCAGGAUGAGGGAGCAAACAAUCAAAAUGCCACUUCUGACGCUGUGGUACCUGACAAAUCUGAAAACACCAAUGAUUCUGUACCUGCUACAGCAGAAGAACAAAAUUCCUACAACACCACUGAAUCAGAGAGCAAUGAUCAAGACAAUAAUUCCUCACAAGAGCAGUUCUUAAAGUUAACAACUAACAUGGAAGAUGGUCAGCUACAAGAGAAUAAAGAUGAUGCCAAUGAACAGUCAGAUGAUGCUCCAGAGGGAAAUCAUUCAGAUAAAUCUGAGCUUCCUCAGGGGAGCCAAAACCAAGAAGAUAGUCAGGAAGCCAGCAAAGAAGAACCGGAUGGUGCAAAACAGGUGGAGAACCCUCAAGGCGAGGCCAGUAAUCACAGCAGAGAUAGUAAACUGCUGGAGAAUGAAGAUGGUAAUGUAGUUGUUAAAGAAGCAGAGAAAGAAAAAAAUCCUGAGGGUAUGAGCUCAGAAGAAAGCUUGAGUGAAGCCAACAAGAACAAAAUGCAAGUAGCAGAACCUGUUGACAAUCCUGCAGAUAUAAGCCCCAGCACAUCCACAAAUAAUGAGGAAAGAAAAGAAUCAAGCAAGAGACAUAGGAGCAGAAGGUCCAGAUCUAGAAGGAAGAGGAGGGCCAUGGUUGCUGCCGGCAACAAUGACGGAAAUCAUCAAAUGGAGGUAGAUGCCACAGCAAACCCAUGAAAUUUGGAUUGGAAAAGCUUUGCAGUACAAUGAUGAAUGAAGUAGUAGAAAUACAAAUUUCAUAAAAGAGUUCUAGAAGAGACAAAAAUCAAGACCACAUUCAUACGCUGAAUAUCGCUGAAGUGAAGUAGAGAGGAAAGAGAAUACUAGUUGUCAUUUUGUAGCUGAUGGCAGCAAAAAUAACAGUUAUUUUCAUAUUAUAAAUGGAUUCCUUCUGUGGACUUGAUAAUGUACUGUAUUUACACUUUUAUUUUAUGUAAACACUUGCCUGAAUUGUAGCCUC